AAUAACUUCACAUUUUUCUACAUCUCAGUCUAUACUUCUUUCCAGCCACUCACAAAGCUUAAAAGUCCAGAUGCAAAGAAGCCAUUGAAGAAACAAAGAAAAGAUAGAUACAGAAAAUCCAACUCUGCGAGAAAAAAAGCCUUUUUCCUUUGAAUCUCCCAAAAUAUAAGAAAAAAAAUGAAACUCCGCUCAAGGCAACAUCAUCAAACUCAGAGAAGUUGGGCUGAAAUAUUGUGUUUCGGUUGCACGUGCCUACAGCUUUUUUGGCCGCGAGUGGUGAUGCGCAAGUGGCUCCAUAUUAGUGCUAAGGAUUCCGAUUAUAGUGCUGACCCUGACUCUGAUUCCGGCUCCGGUUCCGAUUCUGAACAAGUAGAAAUCUGUGACUGGCCGAGGCAGUCGCGGUUGAACGAUGCCAAAGGCAGCCAAGUUGAUAUCAACGAUGCUCUUCCCAGGAUAAGAAGACGAAAGUCAGAAACAUUUAGGGCACAGUACAUUAACACGAAGGAAAUUAAGGUAUGUGUUGGCACAUGGAAUGUUGCUGGAAGAUUUCCUUCAGAAGAUCUUGAACUUGAUAGCUGGUUGGAUGUUAAUGAGCCUGCUGACAUCUAUGUGAUUGGAUUUCAGGAAAUUAUACCAUUAAAUGCUGGAAAUAUCUUUGGUGCUGAAGAUAGCCGCCCCAUUUCAGUUUGGGAGGACAUCAUUCGUGAAACUCUGAAUAAAGUCCCACCAGUGAGUAAGUUUAAAUCCUUUAGUGAUCCUCCUUCACCAUCAAGGUUUAAGCCAUCUGAAGACGCCCCUGAUAUAGAAGAAGAAAUUGCCUUUGAAUCUGACAGUGGUAGCGAGGAGGAAAUUUUUCCAAUAAAUGAAGAGUCCAGUGACUUUGUUGAAAUCAAGGAUGGACGAGUCACCAGGGAUGGUACCAUUGUGAAAAAUGAUGUAGGUGUGAACAAAACUUGGAGUUUGAACCCAAUCAAUGAGGAGUUUGAAAGGCAAUUUUCUUCUCCAAGGAGGCUAGACAGGCUAUAUUGCUUUAAACCAGAUGAGAAUGAAGAAGAAGAAGCAGGAGAAUCAAAUGCUCAGUUUGCAAAAAAAUUGACAAAAACAAUGAGUGGGACAGAGAGAAUUGGUCUUUGCUGGCCAGAGCGACCAUUGGAUCUUUUGGGCCAGCAUGUUUCAGAAAGACCUGGUUCCUUUAAAUCUACAAAAUCAUUCAAAGCUUCUAAAUCCUUUAAAACUUACAGUUCUUUUAAGUUGAAUGCUAAUGGUCCAAAUAGAACACAAGCAGAUGCAACUCUACUCGCGGAACUAGACCUUGAAGCUUUGAUAAAUCGGAAAAGAAAACCAUCUUAUGUGAGGAUUGUGAGCAAGCAAAUGGUUGGAGUUUUUCUUAGCGUAUGGGUUCGUAGGAGCCUACGAAAGCAUAUACAGAAUUUGAAUGUGGAUACAGUUGGUGUUGGUGUAAUGGGCUUCAUAGGUAACAAGGGAUCAGUAUCUGUGAGCAUGUCUAUAUAUCAGACUUUCUUUUGCUUUAUAUGUACUCACCUAACAUCGGGUGAGAAGGAGGCAGAUGCAGUCAAAAGAAACACUGAUGUCCAUGAAAUUCAUCGACGAACACAUUUCAAUGCAUUCUCUAGGAUCGGACUUCCUAAGAGCAUCCAUGAUCAUGAGCGAAUAAUCUGGCUGGGAGAUCUAAAUAAUCGUAUUAAUUUGUCGUAUGAGAGAACAAGGGAGCUGAUAUCAAAAAAGGACUGGUGUCAGCGAAUAAUCUGGCUGGGAGAUCUAAAUUAUCGUAUUAAUUUGUCGUAUGAGAGAACAAGGGAGCUGAUAUCAAAAAAGGACUGGUGUCAGUUAAUUGAGAGAGAUCAGCUCAGCAAAGAGUUCAAGAAAGGUCGUGCAUUUGAUGGGUGGUCUGAAGGUACUUUAAACUUUCCGCCGACUUAUAAAUAUGAAGUAAACUCAGAGAAGUAUUGCGGAGAGGAUCCAAAGGCCGGGAGACGUAAUCCAGCAUGGUGUGAUCGAAUUCUAUCAUUCGGGAAGGGGAUAAGGCUACUGAGUUACUGGAGAUCUGAACUUAGGUUUUCAGAUCAUCGACCUGUCUCUGCCACAUAUAUGGUAGAGGUUGAGGUAUUUAGCCCGAGGAAGUUGCAACGGGCCCUCACUUUUACUGAUGCUGAAAUUGAAAAGGAGGAAAUGGUUACAGAUAUGGGAAGAGAGAGUGGAAUGAGUAGAUUCAUUUUAGAGCAGGAUGAUUCUUAUUGGAUGCGCUAAAAAGGACAUUUGAAGCGGCUGCAAGAUAGAUUAUCCACGACUGGUGAAUUUCCAUGAGUAACGAUUCUGCAUAUAUUAUUUUGAUUUUUUAUUCUUCACCUUUGAGGCUGUAUAUUGUGUUUAGGUGAUGCAUCUUUACUGUAUAUUAUUGUUGUUCAGACUUCUAAGUCAGUGAGCCCAUUUUUGUAGUCUUCCUUCUUUGUCUGGACUUUUCCAGCACGAAUUUGUUAAGCAGUGUAUAGCAAAUUACCAAUGUAUGCAAUAAUGUCGCUCUCAGGUUUUCUGACAAAUAACAUUCUCUACAAACCGAAGCACAGUAUUCUUCUC